ACUCAGAGUUUUAGAAAAUUAGAGCUAAGAAUUAUUGAAAAUUGGAACAAUUUGCGAUGAACAAUUGCUAUUUUACAAUUAUUGAAAUUUUCAAAAACCUGUAAGUUACACUCGUAGCUAAUGGUUUUUACUUUAUGAAUCUAUACAAUUUCGUUAAUUCAGCCAUCUUAGUACUUAUCAACUGGCAUAGCCAACAAUCAACAUUCUAUUGUACGAGAAAGAGUUUCGAAAGCAACGAAAAGGGUACGAGUCGGAAGGUAUCGGUCAUCCAUUUAUUGCUAGUCCAUUUAUUUUGUUCCCCGUGACCUCGUUAGGCUAUGGGGACUUUCAGAAACGAAAGUUUAUGAGGAUUUUCAAUUAGCAAAAUGUAUCUUACGAGUUUUCGAAAAUUAUAAUAAUUGUAGAAGUGACCGUCGUAUCAGAACGUUUGCAAAUACGCUGGACUGUAUUGGUCGAGAAUCCUACGGAGCGAGAAGUACAAGUCGAAUAUCGUGCUGUGAGUUUCAGAUGGAGCGUCAAGCAAACGGAUGCGCGAAUAGAGUGAAAUCGCAAGCAUGGUAAAGUGAGACAAGCUACAUUGAUCCUCGUUGUGACUUGUUUCGCUUGUGGUUGUGCCGAUGUCGUGCUCUCUCGCUCACUCGUUAUUCCCUCGUUUUGUCUGAAACUGCGAGAAGCAGCAUUGUUUAACUGUGAAGCUAAACAUUGCAUAUAUAUACACAUACAUAUAUAGUAAUCCAUGUGUGCUACAUACAGAAAAUUUAUAAUUAUAUAAUAAACCUGAUGAAAUUGUCAAUAUGCAUUUGCGAGUAUGGUUAAGCGCGACAUACUAUCCGUAUCAUUCAUAGUACGAAGCUUACUCCGAGGUGUUCUAUUUGGAAUCCCUAUAGGGAUUACCUUUGUAGACAGAAUUGGUUCCGUAGCCAAGGUAGAUGGUGUCUCUAUGCAGCCAACCCUAAAUCCAGACACAUGGAAAAGUGAUUAUGUAUUUUUGAAUCAUUGGAUAAUUCAUACCGAAGGCAUUCGGCGUGGUGAAAUAGUAGCCGUCACGUCUCCUAAGAGACCGAAUGAAACGUUGAUUAAACGGGUUGUUGGAUUACCUGGAGACAUUAUAUGCACCCAUGGAAACUGUGGAAACGUACUGCAGAUACCAGAAGGUCACUGUUGGAUAGAAGGCGACCACACCGGUUACUCUCUGGAUUCAACCACUUUUGGCCCAGUUUCUCUCGGCCUAAUAACUGCCAAAGCUACCUGCAUCGUAUGGCCCCCUGAACGCUGGCAAUUUUUAAAUUGUGCUAUACUGACACACAAAUUUCAGCUAUAUCUAGCAAGAGAUCAGUUGCAUAAAAUUUAGUGCUCGUGCAAUGAGAGCCGUCAGUUUUGUAAAACGGUUGCAAUG